AUAUACACAUGCAUAUAUACAUAUACACAUACAUACACAUACACAUACAUACACGUAUACACAAACACCUUUUUUAAUGGAAAAUAUGAAGAUAGGGAAGGGUGCACUGUGCUUGAAUUGAGCCAUUUUGGUGAAUUGCCAUAGUUUCUCUGCUUAUGUCAUAUGUGCUUGUGUCUGCUUUAUGUUGCGAUUUUGGUAACUUUUGCUUGCAGAGACACUGCCUGUCUUGUGGAUAAGGUCAAACUGGUUUGAACAGUAGAAGGUUCUGAUUCUAAAUGUAUUUUUUUGAGGGUUGCAGUUGAUUCUAAAUAUAUUAUUCUUGAAGUUAACAAUUUUCAUGUAUAGGAAACUAAGAUUUUAAUUUACCUUGAAAGAUUUUUGCCUUAUUGGUUACUUUUGAGUACAGAUUAGCUUUAUAGCUAUUUGGUAAUGUAGACACUACGUAAUUAUCUAAUAUAUGUCUUCUCAGUAAUAGAGGUUACUCAUAGAUACUUUUACGAAAGUCCACAAGGUAUACAAUACAUUCAUCAGGAAAUCAUUAAUGUAAUAAAUCUGAAAUUGAUUCUUGUAACACAGUAACUAUUCAGAAUUUUAUAAUGAAUGUAUCUCCAUUACGUGACUGCAAUAUGGUCUGACUAAAAAGACAGGUACAACUUUCCGAAAUAUAUGCACAGUGACAUGUAAUGUUAAAUUAUACAUAUUCUUUAACUCUUAUCUUAUUUGUAUGGAGGAAUCUUAGUUCAUAUAUUAUUCUAGUGAGAUCUGUAUUGAAUUACUGUGUGAACAUGAAAUUGUGAUUAUGUAUUCUGCGUAUUGAGGGAUUGGUUUUCAGCUUCCCAAUUAUUGUUUGUGUGUGCAAUGGAUGGCAGAUGAUUCAGAAAUAUGGAAUGCACAAAUAUAAAAUAAUUGUUUUUCUAUUUUUGUGUGUAUAAACAAGUAUUUUUGUUAGUAUUUGUCUGUACUGAUAAAAAAUCUUUUGGCCAAUUUGCAUUGCCAAUAGUUGUUCAAGUCAGUUCAUUUCAGGAUUUAAGAAGUAUGUAAAUGUAAAUCUCUUCUUCUGAGAAGAAAGUAAUAUCAAUAUUGUAAGUGUACAAAUUAGUUCCUAACAGUGCUUAGCUCAGUUUUUAUUGGAACAGUGAAAUUUUGUGAACAAUUAUCAGUUAAGUGAGAUUUAAAAUUGAAAGUUAUGAUAGGAUAUUUACUUUUUUUUUUUUAGAAACAAGAUUCAUCUAAUGCUUAAUGUAUAUCUGCAAUAGGAAUCUGGUAAUCUAAUGGUGCUAAUGGUUCUCUAGCUAGCAAUACAAGUUUUCUUGUAACUUUCACACUUUGUUUGAUUAUCAUGAAACUUACCAUAUGGGUACAACAUGCCUCUCAACUAUACAUAAUUGAGGUUCUGUUUUGUUUCUUGUAUCUGAUGUGUUUUCAUACAUUUUAAGUGUUUACUCUUGCACAUUCAUGUAAUGAUCACUUCUGGAAAGUUCACAAAUUGAUUUUAGGUAAAAGAUUGUGGUAUAUAAAUUAUAUUUUAAAAGUUUUUUUCAUAGAAAUAUUUUAAAUUAAUAACUUGGUGAGUUAUUGUUAAUGCAAGUAAAUUAGGUUAAUUUUAGAUGUAUUUUUUAUAAAUAUAAUAUUGAACUUGAGAUAAUUAACUACUAUUGUUUUUAUCUGUAGCCAUAUGGAAAUCUUUGAUAGCAACUUGUAUUUGAUGAUUGAUCAAUGUUGUAGCAUAUGGAUGUAAGCUUUUGGAUAUUCUAUUUUGCAGUCAUUCUUGACAAGACUGUAGCUGACUAUUUCCUUCAAUCACAUUUGGAAAAGCUGGGUUACAAUGUGACAUAUUGAUAAAUUAUUUGUGUGGUAAAUUAAAAGCAAUAAAGUGAUACAAACUCUCUUCUUCAUAAUGUACUAAUGACCUCUAUCUGAUGAUAAUACUGACAGUUUUAGGUGCUGAAUCUGCUUUCUUUUCAUAUAAUGAAAAUGUUAUUGGGUAGAUCAGAUUUACCUUCAUAUAAAAUAAUUUGCUUUCCAGGUUAAGCAAGGAUAUCACUUCAGAGAUCAGGUGAUGGUGAUGUGAGCUGAAUAUGCAGAUACUCUGAAUAUUGGUUGUUCUUCAUAUGUAGGUAACUUAAGCAUGACAAUUUUGCAGGUUAGUGGAGAUUUUUGGUGAUGUGAACACUGCACAUGGACUGCAGAGCUUGAAUGACUACCUUGAAGAACGUAGUUACAUCUCCGGCUUUGCCCCUUCCAAGAUAGAUGUUGAUGUAUUCUCUUCCUUGGGUAAAGCCCCAGAUGAGAAAUACAACCAUGUGCUUCGAUGGUAUAAUCACAUUCAGUCUUUAGGAGUGGAGUUGAAGUUAACUCUGGGAGAAGACCCCACAGAUGCUCAUGUUUUACUGGAAAACAAAAUGAAUGAACACAAAAAUUCAUGCAUGAUGUUUGGGGAGAAUGCAUCAGCAGCAACAACAGGGAAAAAUAGGUGUUCAGCACCAGGGAAGAUUGAAGAGCAGAAAGAAGAGGCAGUAGUUAAUGAUGAUGAAUUUGACUUAUUCGGUUCUGAUAAUGAGGAAGACCAGGAUGCUGCAAGAGUACGUGAAGAGAGACUAAAAGCAUAUGCUGAGAAAAAGUCUAAGAAACCUGGACCAAUAGCAAAAUCAUCAGUGAUGCUUGAUGUUAAGCCAUGGGAUGAUGAAACAGAUAUGAAGGCAAUGGAAGAUCUGAUUCGAUCUAUCAAGAUGGAUGGUCUUUCAUGGGGUGCCAGUAAGUUGUCCCCUCUUGCCUUUGGAAUUAACAAAUUAUCAAUCUUGUGUACUGUAGAAGAUGAAAAGGUCUCUGUAGAUGACUUAGUGGAGAAGAUAUGUGAAUUUGAAGAAUUUGUGCAGUCUGUUGACAUAGCAGCAUUUAAUAAGAUCUAAAUAGGUAAUUGGUAUUUACAUUAGCAUUGGUGCUACUGGACUUUUUCAAAUGCUAUGAAUGCUCAUGGAAUGUUGAAUUUUGAAAGAAAAAGUUUGUAUACACUAUGAAAGGGGUCAUAUUUGUCAAGACCAACGACCUUUAUACAAGUACCUAUGGUAACAUUAAUUGAAUUUGAUAACAAAAUUGAAAAUCUGGUCCUUUCUGUUCUGUUUUCUUGGUAAUAGUCAUUUGUUUUCAUCAGAAAACAACCAAGUUAAUACCACUUAAUACAUAUGGGUCUAAUCUUAUGUUAUGAAUAAAUCAUAUUAAACCUCUCAGAAGACAAGCUGGUGUUUAGUUGUGGGAUUAAAUCAUACAGUCUAAAACAGUACAUUAUGGGAACAAGGUAUUUAAUUUCUGAACGGAGAAAACAAGGUGUUUAUAUAUAUUUAUUUUUUAUUUCACUUUAUUUAGCAAGGAAUAAAACAAAAUAAAAAAAUAA